GUAAACGACCCUCCAACGGUACCGAAACAAAAUAUUUGUUGUGUCGUGUUUGUAUGUUGUGUUGUUUGUAUAGAACGUGGAAUUAGCCGGUGGAUUGGCGACAGUUACUGAAAACCAGCAGUCAGAUGUAGUAGGAGAACUCGUCACAACCGACGACGACCGACAUGAGAAGUUUACUUACUCUCUUGUGAGUGAUGGAGGUGGACCGUUUGAUAUAGUGGGGAAAGAAGUUCGACUGAAGAGCGGAACAAGCGUCGACUACGAGAAGAACAAACAAUUCAGCAUCCGCAUUAAAGUGACCGACGGAGGAUCACCCGCAAUGUCUUUGACGAAAACGUUUAAAGUAAAAGUUAUUGACGUCAAUGAAGCUCCCACCAAUGUCUAUUUGUCUAAAUACGAGGUCAAUGAAAAUAGUGACGCGGGUACAGAAAUAGGAACUAUUAGUACAAAAGACCCGGACAAUGACGAUACAAUUACUCAGACUCAUAUUUAUAGAUUAGUUGACGACGCCGGAGGAAGAUUCGCAAUCGUCAAUGGUGCUCUUAAGGUGAAACCUUCAAACAAGCAAUGUUUGAAUUCUGGUGGAGAUUUCUGUUUGCUGAAUUACGAAAAGUCGACAAGUCAUCGCAUUGUAAUCGAAGUUACUGACAGUGGCAAACCGUCAAUCAAGAAAGAGUUUGUUGUAACAAUUAAAGUUUUGGAUGUCAACGAUAGUCCUCGAUCAUUAACAGUCAGCAAUCUGUUGAUUAACGAAAAUCUUCGUAAAGGAACUCUAAUAGGAAGCGUGUCAGCUGUUGAUGAAGAUUCUAGUUCCUCUCUAUCAUAUCACAUUAUUUCGAGCGACGGUGGAAACUUUUACUUGAGUGGUAACCAACUGUUUACUGGACAGCUCGAGAACUAUGAAGUUCGAUCGUCAUACCAACUCAAACUGCAAGUCAAAGACAACGGAUCUCCACAACUCUCUAUAAAUCAAUUGUUUACUGUGACCGUUAUUGAUGUCAACGAACGACCAACUUCGGUUUCUGUCCUCCAAACAGACGGACAAUUAAACUUCACGGUCAACUUUCCCAAAAUUCGAGAGCACACAUUAGCUGGUACUGCUAUCGGUACAGUGGAAGUAGUGGACGUGGAUAAAGGAGAAAUGAUGACGAUCACUUUGGACGACGAUGACGGAGGGAAUUUUCGAAUAGCAACGAGAAAUGACGUUCGUUGUGCUUCUGCAACAUUACAAGGUUUCAAUUCCGUUUGCCGAGCAAAACUUUUUGUUGGCAAGACGUUGGAUUACGAAGUCAACGUGCGACACACGAUCAUCAUUCGCGCUACCGACAAAAGUGGACACGGUCUCUCUCGAAUAGUCAAGUUGACUGUCUUUGUAGUAGACGUCAAUGAUCCUCCAACUGACGUGGAUGUGGCUAGUGGCAAUCCUCGUGUUCACGAAAAUGUAAACGGUGCUGUCGUUGGAGAAGUGUCGGUCACAGAUCAAGACACGUGGCAGUCGCACUCGUGUCAACUCACUGACAGCGCCAGUGGCCGUUUUGUGAUGGUCGGUCGCAAAGUACGAGUGAGUUCGAAUGCAAACUUGGACUACGAGUCGCAGCAGCAACAUACUAUAACCGUCCAAUGUACUGACGACGGAACUCCUCCUCUUAGUAUAACGAAGAGUUUUACAGUCAAAGUUCUCGAUGUCAACGAAGCUCCUACUGCACUUUCUCCAACUGUACUGUACGUGGAUGAAAACAGCGCUAAAGGUACUGUGGUUGGAACGUUGACUAGCAAUGAUCCUGAAGCAAGUCAGACGCAUACACAUCGACUGAUCAAGUCACCAGGCAAUCUUUUUGCUCUAAAUGGAGAUAAGUUAGAGGUGAAUGUUAACAACAGCAAGUGUCUAGCGUUUGGUGGAAGUAACUGUCAACUCAACUACGAGACGAACGCUCUCUAUAAUCUCGUCAUUCGCUCAACGGACAGCGGCAAUCCGCCUCGUUCCACCGACUUCACUAUUACCAUCAAAUUACGAGAUGUCAACGACAAACCUGGAAACGUGAACCUAACCGGUUACACAAUUAAAGAAAACGCAAUCUCGGGAACGGAGAUCGGAAAAGUAUCGGCCAUCGACGAAGACGCACGGCAACGUAUUACAUACUCAUUGAGCACCAAUUCGGGAAAUGUGUUUGCUAUCAAAGGAGAUAAGUUGAUAACCACUAGUAGCUCGAUUGAUUACGAAACCCGUAAAAUCUACAAGAUUGUCAUCGUCGCAACAGACAACGGCAAUCCGCCCAAAUCUACAUCGUCUUCCUUCACAAUCGACGUUCUCGCACAGAACGAACCGCCCGUCGAGUUUAAGUUUAGUGCUACAGGCGGACAGCUCUCAUUCCCGGACGACAAAGCAAAAAUCGGAGAGAAUGCAGUGAAGAAUACGGUCGUGGGGACGAUAGUGGUGUACGACCAGGACGCAAACGAGCAGUUGACGUUAAAACUGGACGACAGUGCGGGUCGACGGUUUGCUCUGAGCACAAUGAAACCACAAUGUAUUACAGUCAAUACAUUGAACGCCAAAACAAAGUGCGAAGCUCAACUGUUAGUCGACGGCGCUUUAGACCACGAGAAAGAUUCGCUCCUUGGUAUCGUUAUUCGCGCUACGGACAGAAACGGACUCUUCAAGAUCGCGCGCUAUCAGAUUACAGUCGUUGAUGCCAACGAGCCACCAAGAGACAUCACUGUUGCUAGUGGUAAGCUUUCUGUUCAAGAAAAUCUUAAUAACUUUGCAGUCGCAGAAUUCGCAACGGUCGACGAAGAUGUCGGCAACAAACACACGUACUCGCUUGUCAACGACGCUGGCGGAAAGUUUGCUAUUACUGGUAGUCAGCUGGUGACGUCUGCAAAGGCAAAUCUUGACUUUGAAAAGACAUCAAAAUACACGAUCGUCGUGAGAUCAACAGACAAGGGAGGAUUAUCCGUAGAUAAAACGUUUACUGUGACCGUAGAAGACGUCAACGAGGUUCCUACCUCAUUGAGUUUGACAAAUUCUAAGGUGGCGGAGAAUAGUAAGGCGGGCACGGUGGUUGGCACCAUUCAGACGAAAGAUCCCGAUAACCUGUUGGUAAAUCGUCAGUCGUUUACGUAUACGCUACUGGAUGGCGACCAAAAACGAUUUAAGAUUGAAAACGGCGUCGUGAAGGUGGCUCACGAUCAAUGGGAGUGCAACAAAAAGGGCGGUUUGUAUUGCAAACUCAACUAUGAAGUGAGCAAGACACAUAAGAUUACUGUGACGGUGACCGACAACGGCAGUCCGGCAUUGUCAAAGACGUUUACCUUAACUAUCACCGUUACCGACGUGAAUGACAAACCAAGACAAUUGACGAUCGAUAAGUUCAAAAUAGCGGAAAACGUCAAAAUUGGUACGGAUGUUGGCACGUUGAGUGCGUCUGAGGAAGAUGUCGGUCAAGUAUUGACAUACACGAUUACAAGUGCAAGUCAGUUUUUCAAGACGAAAGGCAAUCGGCUUAUCGUCGCUCGUUUACUUGACUACGAGAGUGCAAAGUCUCACGUCAUUACAGUUAAAGUAUCUGACGAUGGAUCACCAUCUCUAACGAUGUCAGCUAAUUUUACUGUCGAGAUACUGAAUGUCAACGAGAAACCGUCGUUACUCUCUUUCAAGAAUGUUGGAGGUCAAAUACAGUUUAGUGAUAAUUUCCCAUCAGUGAACGAAAGGAGUGCUGACGGAAGCGGUACGACAGUCGGAACGGUCGUUGGAACGAUGGAAGCGAUUGACGCAGACAGUGGGGACAAGUUGACAUUCUCGUUAGACAACGACGGAGGCGGUCGCUUUUCUCUGUCUCAGAGCACAGCAAAGUGUCAAACAACAACGAACAAGGAUGUAAAGACCGUUUGUAGCAUUCGAAUGAUCGUCGCUGGAACAUUAAACUAUGAAUCAAGCACAGAACACAAUAUAACGAUCAAGGCCACAGAUCAAGAAGGAUUAGUAGUUUCCAAACAGUUUACUAUUAAAGUGAACGACGUCAACGAACAACCUACGGACAUCAGUGCAUUUGAAGGAGUCUUUCAAGUAAAAGAGAAUGCAAACGGAGCGACAGUCGCAUCUCUGGUCACAACAGAUCCAGAUCGAGGCCAGUCGUUUGUGUACAAAAUUGUGGACAAUCCAACUGGACCUUUUACAUUGGAUGGCAAUGUUCUGAAAGUGAAGCAAACGGGAAACAUCGACUACGAGAUCAAGUCGUCGUAUACAGUUACGAUUCGAUCGACAGACAACGGGAAUCCUUCUCGCAGUUUCACCAAGAAAAUCGUUGUGAAAAUUAUUGAUAUUAACGAACCGCCAACUAGCAUUUCUCUUGCCCACGAUAAGGUAGCAGAAAACAGCGGUACUGGUACGGUUGUCGACGUUCUUCUCAUCAGUGAUCCCGAAACGAGUCAAUCUCAUACGUGUACAAUGUUGGACGAUGCGGAAGGACGGUUUGUUAUGAAUGGUUUGAAUUUAGAGGUACGAGCGUCCAACGCAAGUUGCAUUCAAGCCGGUGGCGCAAAUUGUUUGCUCAACUACGAACAAAACAAAUGGCACAAAGUGACUGUACGCUGUACGGACAACGGAAAUCCAUCAAUGUUUAAAGACAAACAGUUUACUAUUAAUGUCGUCGAUCGUAACGAUCCACCGAGAGAGUUGAAACUCAGCAAACAAAGAAUCAGUGAAACGUUUAGCAUUGGAGACGUAAUCGGCGUGUUUUCGGCUGUGGAGGAAGACAGCGGUCAAUCGAUGUCGUAUUCACUCACCAGCAACAGCAAUGGUGUAUUUGAUGUGAAGAACUCACAACUUAUUCUUAAGAAAUCGCUCAACUUUGAACAACAAAAAACUCACAAUAUCGUCGUCGAAGUCAUCGACAAUGGCACCCCACCUCUCUCGAUGACGAGAAGCUUUACCAUUGAAGUUAUCGACGAAAACGAAUCUCCGAUUAUUGUGACAUUUCUUGAUUUGAAUGGCCAGUUGACGUUUCCUACCAACUUUCCAGAAGUAAAGGAGAAUUCAGCAACAAACACAGUUGUGGGCACGAUUGAAGCCGGAGACCCGGAUAUCAAUGAAAAGAUUGUCUUCAAGUUGACGGAUGAUGUCGGUGGUUUGUUUACACUAUCCACUCCGUCGCGAAGCAGUUGCAAGAACGAAUCUGGAACUCCAGGUGUCAAGACUGCGUGUCAGGUGCAACUUUUUGUGUCUGGAAUGUUGAAUUACGAGCUGAAUAGCCAGCACGAUAUCACAGUGUUAGUAUCCGACUCAAACGGUAGGACCUACUUGGCCAACUUCACGGUCACCGUACAAGAUGUAAACGACCCUCCAACGAACGUGGAAUUAGCCGGUGGAUUGGCGACAGUUAUUGAAAACCAACAGUCAGCUGUAGUAGGAGAACUCGUCACAACCGACGACGACCGACAUAAGAAGUUUACUUACUCUCUUGUGAGUGAUGGAGGUGGACCGUUUGAUAUAGUGGGGAAAGAAGUUCGACUGAAGAGCGGAACAAGCGUCGACUACGAGAAGAACAAACAAUUCAGCAUCCGCAUUAAAGUGACCGACGGAGGAUCACCCGCAAUGUCUUUGACGAAAACGUUUAUAGUAAAAGUUAUUGACGUCAAUGAAGCUCCCACCAAUGUCUAUUUGUCUAAAUACGAGGUCAAUGAAAAUAGUGAUGCGGGUACAGAAAUAGGAACUAUUAGUACAAAAGACCCGGACAAUGACGAUACAAUUACUCAGACUCAUAUUUAUAGAUUAGUUGACGACGCCGGAGGAAGAUUCGCAGUCGUCAAUGGUGCUCUUAAGGUAAAACCUUCAAACAAGCAAUGUUUGAAUUCUGGUGGAGAUUUCUGUUUGCUGAAUUACGAAAAGUCGACAAGUCAUCGCAUUGUAAUCGAAGUUACUGACAGUGGCAAACCGUCAAUCAAGAAAGAGUUUGUAGUAACAAUUAAAGUUUUGGAUGUCAACGAUAGUCCUCGAUCAUUAACAGUCAGCAAUCUGUUGAUUAACGAAAAUCUUCGUAAAGGAACUCUAAUAGGAAGCUUGUCAGCUGAUGAUGAAGAUUCUAGUUCCUCUCUAUCAUAUCACAUUAUUUCGAGCGACGGUGGAAACUUUAACUUGAGUGGUAACCAACUGUUUACUGGACAGCUCGAGAACUAUGAAGUUCGAUCGUCAUACCAACUCAAAUUGCAAGUCAAAGACAACGGAUCUCCACAACUUUCUAUAAAUCAAUUGUUUACUGUGACCGUUAUUGAUGUCAACGAACGACCAACUUCGGUUUCUGUCCUCCAAACAGACGGACAAUUAAACUUCACGGUCAACUUUCCCAAAAUUCGAGAGCACACAUUAGCUGGUACUGCUAUCGGUACAGUGGAAGUAGUGGACGUGGAUAAAGGAGAAAUGAUGACGAUCACUUUGGACGACGAUGACGGAGGGAAUUUUCGAAUAGCAACGGGAAAUGACGUUCGUUGUGCUUCUGCAACAUUACAAGGUUUCAAUUCCGUUUGCCGAGCAAAACUUUUUGUAGGCAAGACGUUGGAUUACGAAGUCAAUGUGCAACACACGAUCAUCAUUCGCGCUACCGACAAAAGUGGACACGGUCUCUCUCGAAUAGUCAAGUUGAAUGUCUUUGUAGUAGACGUCAAUGAUCCUCCAACUGACGUGGAUGUGGCUAGUGGCAAUCCUCGUGUGCACGAAAAUGUAAACGGUGCUGUCGUUGGAGAAGUGUCGGUCACAGAUCAAGACACGUGGCAGUCGCACUCGUGUCAACUUACUGACAGCGCCGGUGGCCGUUUUGUGAUGGUCGGUCGCGAAGUACGAGUGAGUUCGAAUGCAAACUUGGACUACGAGUCGCAGCAGCAACAUACUAUAACCGUCCAAUGUACUGACGACGGAACUCCUCCUCUUAGUGUAACAAAAAGCUUCACGGUCAAAGUUCUCGAUGUUAACGAGAAACCACAGGCAAUUCACAUCAGUCACGACACGAUACCGGAAAAUGCAAAGUUCAUGCACGCUGUGGGUCGACUGUCAGCAUCGGAUCCCGACAAUUCACACUCUAUUAGACAAACGUUUACUUGGAAACUCGUAGAUAGUGCCGAUCGUCGCUUCAGAAUGGAUGGAGAUAUUCUUAAGGUUGCAGUAUACAAUAGCAAGUGUCUAGCUCUAGGUGGCAAGUGGUGUAUGUUGAACAUGGAGGAAAAGAAUAAAUACGACGUUGUAGUGAGAGUGACAGACAGCGGGUCGCCUCCGCUCGUUAGAGAUGAGAUCAUCACAAUCCACUUGACAGACGUCAACGACAGACCGAGGAAUCUCGAUUUAUCGAGUAACACCGUCUACGAAAACGAUCCCAAAGAUACUUUAGUGGGACUUCUCUUCGCUACAAAUGAAGACAAAGGACAGACUUUGGAGUACGUCUUGGUCGAUGACGACGACGGCAAGUUUAAAAUCGUCGCUAACGAGUUACGGAAAGCGUCGCCUGCAGACUACGAGACGUCGACGAGUCAUUCGAUAUUGGUGACCGUAAGAGACGACGGAAUACCUUCACUUAACAUAUCGAGACGUUUUGUCAUUGAAGUGAGAGACGUCAAUGAACCUCCAUUCAACCUUUCCAUCGUGCAAGGUGACGAGGGAGACGUGGCGUUUGAGUUGAACAAUCCACGUUUUAAGGAAAAUUCUGGUUUGAAUACGUUGGUGGGAAUAGUCGAGAUAGUCGAGUACGACAGCAACGAAACGGUCAAAUUUAUUCUUGACUCUGCUGACAAUAUUCCGUUUAAACUCGAUGAUGCGGGCAGAUGCGAAACUGUCAGACAUGUAACAGGGGUCAAUACUCGUUGUUACACAUCGUUACGAGUUGCUGGACAUCUCAACUUUGAAGCACAAGAAAGCUACUACGUCAACAUUCGUGCAGUAGAUGCAAACGGGCUCUUUGUCGUCCGCAGAUUUAAAGUCGAGGUGAUUGAUGUCAACGACGUUCCAAUAAACAUUCAUAUUUCUAAUACAAAUGUGGAUGAGAAUUUGGACGAUUUCCUGAUCGGUUGUUUCAACACCGACGAUGAAGAUCCGACACACAAUCACACUUACACACUGCAGGACGAUUCUUCCGGUCGCUUUGUUGUGUUUGAUAGCUGCCUCUACACGUCAGCGACGGCCGAUUUCAACUACGAGAUGCUCAACGAGAUAAACAUUACAGUUCGCUCCGCAGACGAUGGCAAACCAUCUUUGUAUCGAGAGGAGUUGUUUACAAUAACGAUAUUAGAUGUUAACGAACAUCCGUCGAUAAUGACUACAUCACAUCUCAAGAUGCCGGAGAAUAGUCCACUAGACAGCGUCGUCGUCGUCGUGAAUGUCCACGAUCCGGACAAUGACGGACCAAAAGGAAAAUGGCAGAACUACAAUUGUAGUGCGAUUGACGACGCAAGUGGACGAUUUGUAGUGAAGGGCAACGUUCUCAGAGUUGCCGCAAGUGACUUAAAUUACGAGAUGAAUACUUCUCUUUCCGUCGUCAUCCGUUGCACCGACACGGGCAUUCCAACCCUCUAUGAUGAUCGCAAGUUCACCAUACAAAUCUUGGAUGUCAACGAGGCACCAGAUAGAAUCAUAAUGACGGGAGGAAAAUUUCCAGAAAACACGGCUGCAGGAGUCGUAGCUAAGUUUUAUACAAUCGAUCCAGAUGACCAACUGACAACCAGAGAGAACUUUACGUACAUCAUACUGCAUACAAAAGAAGGGUUACCUUUUGUCAUCGAGAACAACGAGCUGGUCACAACAAAGACGCUAAAUUAUGAGGAGACGCCAUCUUGGAAGAUAACGGUGACGUCGAUAGAUCACGGAGGCUUAUCCAUAACAGAAACAUUCCAAAUAUCUGUAAUUGACUUAAACGAUGUACCGACUGACGUCGGUCUUGCAGGAAGUCUGUCUCUUCCAGAGAGCAGCAGUGCUCGUACAUUUGUCGGAUCGGUUUAUGUAGUCGACCAAGAUGUGAACCAAACAUAUCAAGUGUUUCUGUUGAAUGUGACAGCAGGUCUUGGCAAUUCAUCUCUACGUCGUCUGCCGUUCUCUCUUGAUUCUACGACCGGUCAUUUGACGGUCUCUAGAGGUGCCGUUCUAGACUAUGAAAGCAUCCCGUACUAUAGUCUUCAAAUCAUCGCAAUCGACUCUGGAAUUCCUUCGUACAACGUGACAGGAUACAUAACCGUGAGAAUUUCAAACAUCAACGAACAGCCCACUAACAUAUCGCUUGAUCGUGAAUACGUGUUGGAAAACAGUCGUGUAGGGACUGUUGUAGGUUAUUUACAUGUAACGGAUCCGGACAACUCCCGUAUCAAUAAUACUCAGUCCCAUACCUGCGUCGUUCUGCAACCAUUUAAUGCUCUUUUUAUGGUUACAAGUAUGAUGACUUUGAUGGUUGCAAGCGAUACCUUAGACUACGAAGCGGAACAAUUUCAUAAUAUUACGCUUCGCUGUUUUGAUAACGGUCAACCUCAAUUGUAUGUGGACAAAGCAUUUACUAUUCGCGUUCUUGAUAUUAACGAGCCUCCUACCGACGUGGCUUUAAGCAAUUCCAAAAUUCCUGAAAAUUUACCGCCGUUUACUCUUGUCGGCGUCGUCACUUGUCGAGAUCCUGACAACGAGAUCAACCGCAACCGUUCUUUUGUCGUCUUUAGUUUGAAUUCGAAUGGACCGUUUGUUCUUGUGAACGGCACCAUCUUACUGACGAGCAGACAGUUGGACUUCGAGAAUAUAUCAUCAUAUAAUAUCACGUUGACCGCCACAGACGACGGAAUGCCACCUCUCAAUACGACCGCUUUGGUAACUGUCCACGUGACUGACACGAAUGAUCAUCCUCGAUCUCUUCGUUUCGUCAGCAACGGCGUUCUGGAGAACUCUCCCGUAGGAACGGUAGCCGGAAGCUUUUUUGUCUACGAUGAAGAUAGAUUCCAGGAUCAUUCGUAUUCCAUUGCACAAGUCAUUGAUACAACGAAUCUCUUUACCGUUAUUAACAAUCAGUUGGUGGUGGUCGUAAGCGACGGACUGGACUUCGAGCAGAGUCCGAGUCAUACAAUGAUCGUACGCUGCACAGACAAGGGAACGCCGCGACUUUACGUCGAGGCUGAGAUUACUGUAGAUGUUCGUGACGUCAAUGAAGUACCGUCCGACAUCAUUUUCCACUCUGUCGGUUCGCUCGACGAGGAUGCUGCACCGGAAACUUCUGUAGCCAAGUUUGCCAUUGUCGAUCCCGACUUUAAUCAGACUCACGUCUGCCGCUUGCUCAACGGAUCGGAAUAUUUUCACAUUUUGCAAGGAGACGUUCCCGAGCUGCUGCUGUCACGUAAUGCUCAUAUCGAUUACGAAACGGAUCCUGACAUUUGGGUCAGGCUUCUCUGCACGGACAGCGGGAGACCUCCACUUAAUAUUGAGCGUUCAUUUCACAUCGUUGUGACUGACCGGAAUGAGGCGCUCACACAAGUCGUUUUCGAAGGUCGUGAAACGAUUCCAGAAAACAUUCCAAGUGGAACGGUUCUUGGUAAUCUGACGGUUGUCGACGAAGACAUCGGACAAUCUUAUUUAUUUCGAGUAAUUGGACGGUGGGCGUCUGCUUUCAAGAUAUCGAAGAGACAGUUGAUUGUGAUCGAUGCAGCCCAGUUUGACUUUGAUCGUUUGGCUGUGCCAAUCAUCAAUGUUACCAUAUCUGUAUAUGAUGAUGGUUUGCCUUCUUCUUACACUUAUGUUCAAACAUUUUUCUUCAAUAUUACAGGCAAGGCGGAGCCUCCAGUUAAUAUUCGAGUAAACGGUGGUGCGUGGAUUUACGAGAACAGUAGCAUUGGGGAGAAAGUAGGACAGUUGAUCUGUGACAACCCGGAAAUAAAUGAAAUAGUCAUCUACAAGAUAGUAAGCAUUGAUGGAGACGAAAAUUCUAGGGAAUUCUACAUGAACGGAUCAAGUCUGUACUUGAAUACUACUCUACAAUAUGAUAAGAUCUCUACAUACGAGAUUCUAAUAUUGGCAGUAGACGACGGUUUCCCGCCACUUUCGUCCCAAGAGACUUUGUUUGUGACGGUGAAACCAAUAGAUCCGUGUGCUACGAACACAUCGGAAUGCCACAAAUACGCUACGUGCAAUAGACUGGGAUCAACGACGGCAAGCUGUCAAUGUCGAGACGGCUUUACAGGAGAUGGUAAACGGUGUUAUGACAUUCCUGAAUGUGAUUUGGAAUUUAUCUCUGCCGCUGCAAACAAAACAUCUCAAAAUUUAUGUGCAAACGGCGGUACGUGUGUAGAUGGCAUAGGCAACUACAGCUGCAUGUGUGCUAGCGGCUGGACUGGUAGACACUGUCGCGAAGAGAUCGACGAAUGUUUAUCUUCUCCUUGUCUUUACGGGAAAUGUGAUGAUGAUAUAGGAAGAUAUUUCUGCUCUUGUAAGAAAGGAUUUACUGGAUCGAAUUGCGAAACUAAUAUCAACGAUUGUGCUUCACUUCCCUGUGAUUCUGGCACAUGCAUCGAUGGUAUAGACACGUUCACUUGUACGUGUCCGCCAUCCUAUAAAGGAUACCGCUGUUCUUUUCCUCCAGAUCGUUGUCAACAUGACACGUGCCCAGGACAAAUAUGUGUUCCUCGACCCACUAAGGGUAUAGAUGCUUUGUUGGGACAAAGAAAAGGUGCACGGCCAGACAAUAGUUUAUCAGAGAGAUACUGCACUGAUGAAAACUAUGUCUCCCACAUCAAAAUUCGUCUUCCUCCAGGUAAUGAUGGCAUCGGAACCAAAUUGGACGAUGACUUUGAGCGUCUUAUUGAAAAUAGUCUCAACGUUGCAUCUUUAAAUUCUUCCGUUACUAUGAUCGAAUCAUCAACUGUCUACAUCGUACAAAUGGAAUUGAUAGGAGAGAGCGCAUUCGUUCACUUUGUUGUGAUUAUCGAUUGUGGACACAACACUACCAGUCGACUAUUGUCUAAUGACGAUGUUUAUGAACAUUUUUUCUCGAGUACACUGAAGCAUGACAAUGAUUUCUGCUCUAAGUUUACAACUCCAGGCAUAUCAUCCGACCCGGAUGUUCCCUCCCUGGUUUCCUCCUCCGUGGUUUCCUCCCCUUCUGUCAAAGAGUUCACACUGCCCAUUGUUCUGUGCUUGGUUGCCAUUGCAGUCGUCGUUGGUGGUGCUUUGCUGCUACGCAUUUGGGUCGUCAAGAAGUCGACGAACGCCAGACCAGCGAUCACUGAAGGCACAAAUUAUUCAAUGAUGCGUUCAAGUCGUGGUGACCGGAUGAGCGAUAAUCCGAUAUACGGGGGACCAAAUGGUUGGUUCAAAACGGUCACGCAAAUAGACAACCCACUAUACGACAGUGAUGAUGAAGGCAGCGUGGAUUAUGAAUAUGACAACAACCCUAACUGUUAUAAUUAUCAUGGUGUCGAAAAUCCCUUGUUUUCAGAAGAGGAUCCGAGGUUGGCUGUCGGUAUUCUGUACUCUAAUCCUCUCUACGAAUCGUCUAUAGAAGGAAAUGAGACACAGCAAGUCAGUAACAACCCUCUGUAUGAAAAAGUCAUCACUACUAGUAUUACAGAUAACGAAAUAUACGAAGGAUCUGAGAACGUUUAUGAUAAUCCUCAAUCCGUUCGUGAUAGUGCGACCUGAUUGGCUUCAAUUUACCUCUUGUUGAAUGACACCCCUAAGCGGCAACUUUCUUUCUAUCAAUUUCUAUUAAUCAAUUAUUUUGUGUCAUAAUGGAAGAACAUGGCAACUAGUGCAUGCGUGUUCGUUCAAGUUUACAGUCUUAUCUAAACUCUACAGACAGUCUCUUCUGUCCUAUAGACUUCAUGGUUGCUUAGUUAUUAAAUCUAGAGCUGACGUAUACGGAUAGCUAUAUAGAAUUACUCUCCACACUGUUUUAUGGUUCAUUUCAGUGUUUACG